UACUUGCUCGAAAGACAAAUCAACGAUCGAUACAAACUUCAUUAUUAGUCACUCGAUGUUAUCGUAUUAAGGACUAUACAUGCACUGAGCCAGACAAAUAUCAGAAGGUCUUAGAUCACCCAGUACACAUGAAUAUUGGUGAAGCAUCAACAAUUGAGGAAAUACCAAAUCGCAAUGCACUUCCACUAACAUGGUUCCGCUUCAGUCCAAGAUCACACUUUCAAAUGAUAGCAGACAAAAACUUAGAGCAUCCAGAUUUCAUAGGCGUACUCAUCAACAUGAAAGAUCGAAAAAAAAAGACAAAGAACCAUUCAUGCUUAUGACUUUAACAGAUGAAAAUGCGGAGGAGAUUACCAUACUCUUAUGGAAGGAAUGCAUAGAUUCGCCAGACAAAUUCAAUCGAAAUGCCCUUACAUCAAACUCUAACACAGUGGUACUAGCUUUCACCAAUCUCAAAUCCACUAUGUACAAUGGAAAAUUAACAUUGACAAGCACCAGCGCAACACACAUGUACGUCAAUCCCAAUUUACCAGAAACGGACACACUCAUUACAAGAUUUGGUACCCAAUUUCACUCAAAAUCAUCACCAAAUGUGAUAAAUACUACAUUACAACGCUUAAAGAGCUCAGAUUUCUCUCAAUUAAUGGACAAUGUAUAUGUUUUAAAGACCAUACUAUCUGAUUUCACAUUCAAAGAUGUAUGGUACCACGUUACAUGUACCACAUGUGGUAAAUCAACACACAAAAAAGGUGAUGGAUGGUUUUGUGUUUCCCAUGGGCCCAUAAAUGAACCAAAACUUUUAUAUAAAAUCUCAGCAGUACUCACAGACAAUACAGAUACCACAACAGUUUUCAUGUCUAAUGAAGCAACCUGUACUCUGCUAAAUGCGACUGCACAAGAAAUCAUAGACGGCUUUCCCAGUCAAGAUAGAAAAACUUUACCUGAACCACUCGAACGUUGUAAAGGGUUGACAAAGAAUGUCUAUGUAGAAUGCACAAAACUUUCUUCCACUAGAAAUAUCCGUUUCACAGUCACCACAAUCAGUGACAUAAAAACACCACAACCAACAAUCUUAUCAACACAAAAAACACAAACUACACGUUCAACACCAAUGGAACAACAAACCACAACAACUAUGGAGUCCCUCACCCCUACUAAAUCACGUGAAACUGGAAAACGCCUCCAAAUGGAAGAUACAGAUACACCAAAAAAACCACGUCCCAAACAAGAGAAAUACAGAAACCACGGCGAAGCAGACGAAGGAACACAUGCCAAAAAGCAAUGAAACUAUUUGAU